AUGCUUGGAAAGGGGGAGGGAUACUAUUAUCAUUUGCCCAGCCAUGCUGAAGAGGAAGAUCCCAAUACAAUGUUACUCCCUUUCACAGCCAAAUUUGAAGGUUCUGAAUACGGAGGCAACAACAUUGAAUUCUCAGGCAAAGAUAACAUUGCAUUGGCACAGUGGGAGGUGGCAGUAGUAGGAGGGAGCAGGGUGUUCCACAAUGCUCAAGGCCAUGCACUCAUAGAGACCAUUUCUCACACAGUAGAUGAGACAGUGCUCAAAUUUACCGCCACUCUUACCUAUGAAUGA